AGUCCUCCUCUCUGUGCCAAGUCCUCCAGAGCAGCGCCCUCCAAAGAUCAACAGGCGUCAACUGUGCAGGACGGGAAAGCUCAAGCGUGACCAAGAGGCUGGACUGUGGACCCCUAUUAGUGGAAUCGCCUGCACUUGCCAGCGCUGGCUUACGCAGUCCAUCCCGUACCAUCUGUGCAGCUGCCGCCAUGGGCUUGGAGAUCUACCUCGACCCGCUGUCGCAGCCCAGCCGCGCCAUCUACAUCUUCGCCAAGAAGAACGGCAUUCCCUUCCAGAUGCACACCGUGCAUAUUCUCAAAGGCCAGAACUUGAGCGAGCAAUUCUCCCAGGUGAACUGCUUGCGGAAACUUCCUGUCCUCAAAGACGGAAACUUCGUGUUGACCGAAAGCUCAGCCAUCCUGAUUUACCUGAGUUCCAAGUACCAGGUGGCAGACCACUGGUACCCAGCUGACCUGCAGGCCCGUGCCCGAGUCCAUGAGUACCUAGGCUGGCAUGCUGAUAACAUCCGUGGCACUUUUGGAGUGCUCCUGUGGACCAAGGUGUUGGGGCCACUCAUUGGGAUCCAGGUUCCAGAGGAGAAGGUGGAACGGAACAGAAAGAGCAUUGUCGCGGCUCUGCAGCGUCUGGAGGAAAAGUUCCUUGGGGACAAGCCUUUCCUUGUUGGCCAGCAGGUGACACUGGCUGAUCUCAUGUGUCUGGAGGAGCUGAUACAGCCGGUGGCUCUUGGCUAUAAUCUAUUUGAGGGACGGCCGCAACUAACAGCAUGGCGAGAUCGGGUGGAGGCAUUCUUGGGCGCCGAUCUGUGUCAGGAGGCCCAUAGCUCCAUCCUGAGCAUCCUGGAACAGGCAGCCAAAAAAACACUACCAGUGCCCCCUCCAGAGGCCCACGCCGGCAUGCAGCUUCGAAUUGCUAGGAUUCCCUGAGUGGUCUGACUAGCAGUAAAGUUUCAUGUUAUUUCUUG